GGCUCUACACAUCACCUGUUAUUUUCACUUGGCAGGGAAGACGAGAAGACGGGACCAAACCUGCGUCCGUCGGUCACCACAGAGCUGGCAGCUGCCGGCUCAGGUGAAGGAGGCCGGACCAUUUCUGGCUAGGCGUGUGCGCAAGGAAAAAAAAUCUCGGUCAGGUCUACCAGUCACUCUCCUUUGGCAGUAACGGCAGUAGAGAAAAAUUGGGGAGGGCACAGAAAGGGCAAAGUAUAUUACUAGGUAGGCAACAUAUACUAGGUGGGGGGAAGACGAGGUGCUUGUUGGAGACCUCCUUUGCCCCUUCCCCUUGGUGCUGCCUCAGGCUUGGAGCAGGUGAGCUAGUCGUGCGGAAUUUCUCCUUCGAAAGCAGGAAGGCAGGGUAGAGCAAGCUCACCAUACGGCUAGGACCUGGAAGGGUGGAGUCCACUUCUAGCCGAAUAGGGGGGAGCUCCGCGUCGCCUCAGUCUGUUUCUCACCUACUUCCUGCUCUCCUGUAGUGGAAAGGGACAGAGGAAGACUCUGAACUGUGCCCGGGGCCUUUUUGAAUCCCCCCCCGGCUCUUCUUUCUGCCACACACGAGCCCGGUGACUUCAGGCAAGUCUUCUUCCUCAUCUCUAUGUGACUUCCAUUUUAUUUAAGAGAAGGUGCCUUUCUUGGUUAACGCAGCAAGUGAGACAACAUGAUUCCAUUCCUGUCUCUGGAUGUUGGACAUUCGCGGCUGCUUUACUUAUUCAAUAGGACUAAAAAAGGUGACCAUGCAAACGGGUCCUACUGCUAUAGCAGUGCACAGGGAAGUACUGUGCUUCAAGGCGUAACAUUUGGUGGAGUCCCUACUGUCCUGCUGCUUGAUGUUACUUGCUUUUUGAUUUUAAUGUUGGUAUUUUCUAUUAUAAGAAAAAGAUUCUGGGAUUAUGGUCGCAUUGCCCUGGUGUCGGAAACAGCGAGUGAUGCCAGACUUCACGAAUUCUCUGGUGGUUCCUCCAGUGUUGAUGACUUGGACCCUGAUGAAGGUUUUUGUUCUUGGAUGGUAUCUGCCUUUCGACUGCAUGAUGAAGAGAUUCAUGAAAAAUGUGGAGAUGAUGCCAUUACCUAUCUCGCCUUUCAGCGCCAUCUCAUCUGUCUGUUGACUGUCGUCAGCAUGUUGUCUUUGUGCAUCAUACUUCCUGUCAAUCUAUCAGAUAAAGACCCUUAUAGCUUUGGGAGAACUACUAUCGCAAACCUACAAACAGGCAACAAUCUUCUCUGGCUGCACACAAUUUUUGCUGUUAUUUACCUGAUUUUGACAGUUGUCUUUAUGAGACAUCACACUAAAGCCAUCACAUAUAAAGAAGAAAGCAUAGUAAAACGCACAUUGUUUAUAACUGGCCUUCCCAAAAAUGCCAUGCCAACUACCAUAGAAAAUCACCUUAUUGAAGCAUAUCCAACCUGCAAUAUACAAGAGGUCCAAUUAUGCUAUAAUGUAGCCAAACUCACCUAUCUGCACAAAGAGAGAAAAAAGGCAGAGAAAAAUGUGGCUUAUUAUACACAGGCGUUUCAGAGGUCUGGUAAGCGGUGUCGCAUAAACACAAAACUGUUUGGUCAAUUCUGCUGUUGUGACGUCAGAGGUUGUGAAAGGGAGGAUGCUAUAGAUUACUACACCAAAGUUAGCAAUAAAUAUUUGAAAGAAUAUUUGCAAGAGGAGAAGAACAUUUAUAAUCAGCCAUUGGGAAUGGCUUAUGUAACAUUUGAGGAGAAAUUCAUGGCAACAUACAUUGUUAAAGAUUUCAAUGCCUGCAAAUGUCAAGGCUUUAAGUGCAAAGGAGAACCUCAGCCAUCAGCCUACAGCAAAGAACUCUGCACUACAAACUGGAAUGUUACAUAUGCUUCCUAUCCGGAGAAUAUCUGUUGGAAUAAUCUGUCAAUUCAAGGGCUGAAGUGGUGGAUUAGGUGGCUUUCUAUCAAUUUGUUCCUGUUUGUUGUGCUCUUUUUCCUGACAACCCCUUCCAUCAUUAUCUCAACAAUGGAUAAGUUUAAUGUAACGAAGCCAAUUCACUAUCUUAAUAACCCUAUUAUUAGCCAGUUCUUCCCAACAGUCCUGCUGUGGUCCUUUUCAGCUUUGCUACCAACAAUCGUCUAUUACUCAACGUCGUUUGAAUCACACUGGACAAAGUCUCAUGAAAACAGAAUAGUGAUGCAUAAGGUCUACACAUUUUUAAUUUUCAUGGUGUUAAUUCUGCCUUCAUUGGGUUUGACCAGUCUCGAUUUCUUCUUUCGUUGGGUGUUUGACAGCGCAUCUGAAUCUAGGAUUAGAUUAGAGUGUGUCUUUCUACCUGACCAAGGGGCUUUCUUUGUGAACUACGUGAUUGCAUCAUCUUUCAUUGGCAGUGGGAUGGAGUUGCUGCGCUUGCCGGGACUCAUGUUAUACACUCUUCGCAUGAUUCUGGCCAGAUCCACUGCUGAGAGAAAAAAUCUUAAGCAGCACCAAGCAUUUCAAUAUGAAUUUGGAGCAAUGUAUGCCUGGAUGCUAUGUGUGUUCACGGUCAUCAUGGCUUACAGCAUCACCUGCCCCAUUAUUGUCCCAUUUGGAUUAAUUUAUAUACUCCUAAAGCAUACAGUUGACCGUCACAAUCUCUACUUUGCGUUCCUUCCUGCGAAGCUAGAGAAACAGAUCCAUUUUGCAGCUGUGACUCAAGCUCUUACAGCUCCAAUUCUCUGCCUGUUUUGGCUGUAUUUUUUCUCUUUUUUGAGGCUAGGUUUUAAGGCACCUACAACUUUAUUUACAUUCCUAGUUGUAUGUAUAGCCCUUGCUGUUUGCUUAGGCUAUACCUGCUUUGGCUGCUUCAAGUACCUGAGUCCUCUGAAUUAUAAGGUAGAGGAAAAAAUGCAGGAUGAAAUAGGAAAUGAAGAUGUUUCAGUAACAAGUCCUCCCAAAUCUGCUAUGUUUGUCCCCCAUGUUCUAAUGAGUUGCCAUACUGAAAGAACGGUUCUUGAUCAUACGGACCAGCAGACCUAUGGCACCAUGUCGGAGAUAAGUACAAUGAAGGAAGAUGUCCUCAGCACCUCUUAUAAGGAACCUACUUUCAUUGGAGAGAUAUAAAUGUGCGUCGUCUUGUCAUAGACCGACACAAGGUGGCACUCUUGGACCUGCUUCAAAAGUGCAGAUUUCAUCAAAAUGUUCUGUGUUGCACAAUCUUCUCUUUCAAAGAGGCACUGAUCUGGGUUUCAGUUGUAGUGCUGAUUUUACAAAGUUGCCACCUUGGGUUUGGUCAUUUUUAUAGGUCAUUGCACAAAUUGUGGUACAGGUAUACUGAAGAGAAAUUAUUUUGGAUUUACUUAAUUGUUUGCCUUUAUGGAAAGAUUUGACUGUAUGGGCAAGUGCUAGAUCACUGGAACCAAAAGAGUUGUCAAACAUGGCACCUAGCUUUUUUCUUUUUUCUUCUCUUUUCUUCUUAUCUUUUUUUUCUUUUUGAAAUUAUGCCUCCUGAAUUUUAACCAGUCUUGGGUAUUUGUUAAACACUUUGGGGUUAUGUCCAAAGGCAACACCUGUUCCUAUAUAAAAACAAACAGAGGAAAAAGCAAGGAAAUGUGACCUGGGAGUAGUCUAGCCCUCUGCUAAUACUCCAGUUGGCAGGAAUGCUUCUCUUAACAAGAAGAAGGAUUUCCUGCAAAUGUAGAGAAGAUGUGAUAAAACUAGAGGAGAUGAAGAAUUGUAUUUAUCCAAGAACUUUUAAGUAGGAACUAAAUUUGUUAAUUUUUGGGUCACUGUUUUAAGGGCCUCACACAAGGGACAUUUAUGUGCCAAACAAUAAAGGAUAUGGUCAUUUUAUCACUUUUAAUCUCUCCAGUUUAUAAAAAAGAAAUCUGCUUUAAGUGCCAAAAAAUAUCACAAAUAUGUUAGACUUUUUUAAAUUAUGAAGUAGGUAUAACAUCUACAAAAAGCUGUGUUGGAUUCAAGUAUAAUUAAGCAAUCGCAUUCAAUAAAACACAUUCAGAUA